AUGGCUCCCUCACGACAGCCCGUUGCUGGUCCAUCGAGACCGAAACACUCUCAGCAGCCAAUCGCUCAUUCCCCUCCUCCCUCAUCAUCCGUUUCUGCCUUCAACCCUUCUCGUACUCUCUUCGCUCUGGCAUCACCUGUUCUCGGUUCAGCCGACAAAGUCCAAGUAUGGGACGUCGCUACCGAUCGAGUCAUCUCUGAAUGGGAAGUCGCUGGCGCAAGUAAAGCCAUUACCGUCACUUGGACCAGUAUACCCUCUUCCGAUGCUGCGAGCAAAAAGAAGAAACGUCGAAAGUCCGGUCCUACCGAUACUGGCGACGAGGAAGUGAUUCUCAUCACCUCAGCCAAAGGUCAGCUGGCAGUCUUUUCACCUUCCAAAGGAGAAAUAAUACGGACGAUCGAUCUACCUCAGCCAGCUACUGCAGCCUGGUCAGACGAACAUGGUAUCAUCUUCGCUACCUCUUCAUCCAUCUUGGUGUUAUCUGCCGAUGCUUCCAGUGUUUCACACACUUUCACUCUUCCCUCAUCUUCUACUGCCCCUUCGGCUCUGGCCAUAUUGCCUUCCUCAACCCCCGAGGUACUGCAAGUCCUCGUCGGUAUUCUCUCAGUGGUGGUACUGCACCUCGACCUCUCAUCCACAAAGAUUUCAUACUCCUCUGCUCCUCUUCCCGCAUCCACCACUUCCAUCAGCUCCAUACUGCCUCUUCCCACCUCGGAGCAAGGCUCGUCCUUCUUGGUGGUAUCGGAAGAUGAUCGCACGAUAUCUCAGUAUACAAUACUUUCUCCUCAAACACCACCUAAAUUAUCAUAUCGAUACGCCUCGCCGACCUUAUCUUCCGCCCAUUCCCUCUCAACCUCUUCAAGCUUGUUAUCCGUCUUACAUGCUUCAGGCGAGAUAUCGCUAUUCCAUCUUCCCGGUGAAUUGGACUUCUCUCGUCCGAAAUCCGAUUCAAAGCCAAGUACUGUCAAACUCGUGGAAGGUAAAGACGAACGAACGUCAAGAAUUUGUCGAGUGGCCUUCGCUUCUGGAAAUGAAGGUGCACCAGCUGCUCUCAUGUGUGGUCGGAUGACAGGUGGUGGAAGAGUCAAAUGGCAUCGAGCGGUCUACGAGCUACCUGAAGGUGGUCUCAGACCAUCGACAGUGGUCAAAUGCGAUGCACAGGAUCUAGUUGGAGAUGCCAGUUCAUCAACAACACUGCCAAUACAGCGAUUCACUGCACCUGCAAAUGUCACUGAGGCUCCCGCAGUCGACACCGAUGAACCAGCAUCUAAACUACCAACUGACGUCGAUAUGGCGGAUCUUUCUCUGGGCGAACGAAUGCUCGCCAUACCGAACGGCACUGCUUUAGUUGAAGCUGAGCCCGAAGCAUCUGCCGCAAAGGCCAAACCUUCAGCUGAAGUCACUUUCGAUGGUCCUGUCAAUGCCGCCUCUCUUACUCGAGUAUUGGUCCAAGCUUUGCAUACCUCCGAUCCUGCACUUCUCACACUCUGUCUCUCUCAUCGAAACCCCACCUUGAUACGGAAUACCAUACGGAAGAUGCCUGCUCAGCUCGCUUUACCACUACUCAAAGCUUGCGUCGAACGAUUAGGUCAAGGUAAAUCUGUGAACAAACGUGGUGGUGGCCGAGGUUCAGUACAGAAUGAACAGCAGGGUCGAGGUACUGUUGAAUGGGUUAAAGGUGUUCUGGUAGAGAGAGGGGCCUUACUCAUGACUAUGCCCUCACUACCAUUACAUCUUGCUACUCUAUCGAAGUUGCUGCAAACUCGAUUAGAAACUUAUCAACCGCUCUCGACUUUAUCCGGUCGACUAGACUUAGCUUUGGCUCAAAUCCAGAUGCGCAGAUUAGCAGCCGAAGCAGCUUCACAAUCAGCUUUGAACGGCGGUCAGAAAGGAGGUGAAGGUCUGGUAUAUAUCGAAGGUGAAAGUGAUGAUGAGGAUGAUGUACCUAUCGAAAUGGGUGAAGAAGGUGAAAUCGAAGAUAUCAAUAUGCUUGCUGGAUCUGAAGACGAAUCAUCUGAUGAAGAAGAUGAGGAUGAGGACGAAGAUGACGAGGAGGAGAGCGAAGAAGAUUUUUUGGAAUCGGAUGAUGAUGAGGGACUGUUGGAUCUGGAAGCUGAGGAAAGUGAAGACGAAGAUGAUGAAGGGGAUAGUGAUGAUGAGUAG